GGCGCUAUAUUGAUUAUUGGUCUCUCCGGCGUUAAAGAAAUUCUGGGCGAUGCGUCGGAAAAACACGAAACAUUCCGGAGAUUAGCGAAGGGAGGGAGCCGUGCUGGGCUGCUGCUGACAUGGUGGCAGAGAGGCACUCUGAAACACAAAUCGUUGUGAUGCACCGUGCAGGAUUUCGAUUUAGCCCAGCAUAACUACACAGUCACCAUGAAGAGCGUAUUUGUAACCGUAGGCACUACGAGCUUUGACGAAUUAAUAGCGUGCGUCUCAUCCGAAGACGCCGUGCAGGCCCUGCGGGCGCUGGGCUACAGCCGGCUGGUCCUGCAGAUCGGCCGCGGUUCCGUCCGGCCCGACUCGGCCGCCUGCCCCGGGAUCGAGCUCCGCGUGUUCCGCUACAAGGACUCCAUCGCCGAGGAGAUCCGGAGCGCCGACCUCGUCGUCAGCCACGCAGGCGCAGGGAGCUGUCUGGAGACCCUGGGGGCGGGCAAGCCCCUGCUGGUCGUGGUGAACGACGGGCUGAUGAGCAACCACCAGCUGGAGCUGGCCAGGCAGCUGCACAGGGAGGGCCACCUGCACUACUGUACCUGCAGCACGCUCGUCGAGACUUUAAGGACGAUGGACCUGUCAGCUCUGAUGCCCCUCCUGCCCGGCCAGCCUGGCAAAUUCGCCUCCUUCCUGGACAGAGCUGUGGGCCUUCGGUGAGUUUCCGGUCCGGACUCCUACAGCUCCUCCUCAUGUGCUUGCAGCAGCUGAAGACACACACGCAGACAUCUGUGAAGAGUUGACCACCGGCUGCCCUGACCGCCCGGCUGGACACUGGAAAGAGGAGAAGCUAGCCUGCCUGAGCAGCCCCCGCUGAAAUCCCACACGCGGUGUUCCUGCAUUGUGUUCUUUUCCCAUUGCGGCUUUCCCAGCAUGUGGAACGCUCCUCCGAAUGGAUCGAGAGAGAGAUUUUUGGACGCUCCGGUAGAGAUGGGGGAGGAAUGGGGUUGCGAUGAGUCUUUAAAACCGUGCUGAAAGCCUUUCUCAAAGGAAUCGCGGGAAUGAGUUUUUCUUUGACUUCAUUGUGCAUUGUGGACGAAUCCGUAGCCACUCGGAAGGUCCUGAAAAUGGUUAAAAAGAGCAGGAAAGAAAGCGUUAGUGCCUCGGGAGAAACAGCAGUCUUCAGCAGUCGAGUGCAAAAAAAAUGAAAUGGUUUUCAUUUCUCUUGUGAGCUGGAAUGUGACCAAAUAAACCGUUAGCAGGAAUGAGUUUCUAACAGUUGAGGGGUGGCUAAUUCUGCUGAUUUGCAGUAUUUUGUGUAGUGCUCCAGUCAUACUGAAUAAAUGCUAUGUAAAUAUUUGUGUCACUGUG